AACAAGUUUAGCAAGUCAUAGCAAGUUACAGAGGACCUACAGUAGUAGUGUCUGCUAAAAAUGGCUAAAAUACCUGACGUUUCCAGCUUUGGAUCAAUGGAUUCCCUUCCAGAGUUGAGGAUGGUGUUAAUAGGAGGAGAAGAGGAGAGCAAAAGCUCCAAUGUUAAAAGUUCAACUGGAAACUUCAUUUUGGGCCAGGAGGUUUUUGACAUGAGCAGAAGAACAGCUCAGAGUGAAGCAAGGCAGACGGAAAUACUCGGUAGACGAGUUACAGUGGUUGAUACACCUGGCUGGCUGUGGUCUCAUAUGCGAGAAGACACCCCAAAACUGGAUCAAAUAGAAAUCCAGAACAGUGUUCAUCUGUGUCCCCCAGGACCUCAUGUCUUCCUUCUGGUCAUUGAUGUCGAAUCAAAUUUAUGCCAGCAUGUACAGCAAUCACUUAUGGAGCACCUGGAACUUUUCAGUUGUGAUGUUUUCCCUCACACUAUUGUGAUUUUCACCACAGUCACUUCGGAUAGUGAUAAAAAGAUAGAAUCCAAAAUCCAAAGAACUCCAGCCUUGCAGUGGAUCCUUCAACAAUGUGGAAACAGAAAGCAUGUUCUCAAUAUCUGUAACAGAGAAGACAGAGAUCAAGUCAGGCUCCUAUUUGAGAAAAUUGAUACAGUGGUGGCAGCCAACGGAGGAAGACACUUUUCUGCUUCUAAUGUUAAAGAUAUGAAAGAAGAGAUUUUGGCUAUUAGAGAAAGAGCAUCAAAAAGGGCUAAGGGAGUGGUGGAACAAAGAAAAAAAGCUAAAGCAGUGCUUGAAGGUGGAAAAAAGCCACCGGAGCAUUUAAAGCUGCUGUUAAUCGGUGCACAGGGGACAGCGAAAAGUUCAGCUGGUAAUACCAUUCUGGGAGGAAAAGUAUUCAGUGCAAAGUAUAAUGUAGAUGGCAGAACUACACACAGUAAGACAUGCAAACGUCUGGUUAAUGGACGGGAACUCACAGUGGUAGAUUCUCCUGGAUGGUUCUACAUCCAUACCCUUCAGGAAACCAGUGAGAUAGAUAAACUAGAAAUUGAAAGGAGUGUGUAUCUCUGUGCUCCAGGACCACAUGCUGUGCUGCUGGUUAUUCCUCUAACAGCAGCAAUCCAUGCAUCAUAUCUGACAGCUGUCCAGGAACACAUGACUCUGUUUAGAAAAGACAUCUGGAAACACACACUAGUUCUGUUUACUGUGGGUGACUGGUUAGGGGGGAAGACUGUGGAGGAGCGAAUAGAGAGUGAGGAAGGUCUGCAGUGGAUAGUGAACAUGUGUGGGAACAGGUAUCAUGCCCUGAAUAACAUGGAUGAAAGUAAUAGGAUUCAAGUAAAUGAGCUCAUUGAGAAGAUUGAAGAGAUGUGGGCAGGGAAUGAAGAUCCUUGUUAUGAAGUGGACCUGAACCAAGCAGAACAGAUAGAAGCUGAGAAAGAGGCUGGAGACAAGAUGGGCAUUAGGCUGAAGAAGAUUAACGAGAGAAAGUCAAGAGUCCUGAAAGAACUGAUAGGAGGUCAGCCUCUGCCACUCUCUGACAUCAGAAUUGUUCUUCUUGGCCAGAAGUGCUCAGGAAAGGGAAUGACAGGAGACACAAUCCUUUUUAAAAGGGUAUUUGGAACAGCUUUUAAUACAGCUCAGUCAAAAAGGAACCUCCCCCAUGCAACAUGUGUGAAACACGAGGGAGACUUUAAUGGAGUAAAAGUCUCAGUUGUAGAAACACCAGGCUGGUUCUCAGACUCAUCACCACCUGACUGGAUCAAGAAGGAGCUUCUCGAAGGUGUCUCCAUGUGCUUUCCUGGACCUCAUGUUUUUCUCCUGGUUGUUCCGAUCUUCAGAUCUUUCACAGAGAAAGAUCUCAAAGCUCUGGUUGAGGUCUUGAAGCCAUUAAAAGAGAGAGUGUGGAGACACUGCAUGGUGCUGUUUACCUGGGGAGACUGGCUCAGUGACUUCCCUGUAGAGAACUACAUCGUCAGAGAGGGAAAGGUCCUACAAGAACUUCUGGAGAAAUGUGGGAACAGAUACCAUGUAAGAAAUCCUAAUCGUUCUGAUAAUGCUGCUCAAGUCACUGAGCUGUUCCAAAAAAUUAUUGACUUGGUAAAACAAAACAAAGGAUUCUUCACAACUAAAGUCAAACAAAAGAAAAAACAGAAACGCCCUUGGACAGAUAAACAACAGCAAUUCAUAAAGGAGGAGUGGAAUAAGAGGGAGGAGGAGCUAAUUGGGAAAGUGAUGAAAGCUUUAUCAAAUGAACCAGAGGAACCAACGGUGCCCUCGGUAGAGGUGGCACAUAGCAUGAAUGAGUUUUUCAUUCCCGACUUGAGUGGAGAUGAGACCUCAGAAUAUGGGAGCAUUUCGGAGUUUAAGAUUCAACAAGGCCAUGGCCGUGUUGCUGAAUGGCUGACUAAAAAAGUGAGGGAGUCUGAGAUCAGCUCUUGGAGUGGCAACCUUUGUUCCUCAGACACGUCUGUAGAAAACCUUGAUUAAAGUUCUCCAGUUGAUGAAAAUCUUCCAAAAAUGAGUUACCCCCCCACAAGAAAAUAAGGAUGAUGCUUUGAAAAUGCUCCCAAGUCCUUCAGUGAUUAAACCCAGGAACUCUCAUUAGGGCCAAAGAACUGCAGAAGAAAGUUUAUUUAAUAAGUUUUGUCUUUAGAAACAAGCAUCUUUAUCUGUAACAAAUGCAAAAUAAUAUACUGGAAAAAAAAGAAAACAUUAAUUCCAGAAGAAAACAUUUAAACAGCUCCUCAGAGGCACUGGAGGCACUUCUUUGAAAAAGAAGUAUAUUAAUGGUUUAGGUAUGGAAUACCAUCCAUACCAAUGGUUUGACUGAAAUACCAUCAGGUGUAAUCAUCCAGUGAAGAGAGCUGAUCCUUCACCUCGUUAUUUACACGCCAGUCAUUUGACUGAGAAAUGCUCUCAGGUUUGCAGUAACACAGGUCAGCCCUGCCACCAGCAUGGAUCCUCUCUGUAACAGAAGAUCACUCAAACCAGAAAAACCCCAGAAACCCUAACAUAGAUGGGUAUCUAAACUUUAUUAUAUUGAAUAAAACUGUGAGUCUUACUUUCGGUGCAUUAUUAUUGUAAAUAAAAACCUAAAGACAUAGUCUAUUUUGAAUGCCUAAGGGUUAUUUCACUGGUCCAGGUAUAAGUACAAAUAACCAUAUGGGGGUAGGCAGGACAUAAAUAGUUGACAUGAAUGAAAGUUAUUGAUAUUUUAAUUAUUCAUCAACUCUAUAUCGUAAUGAGCGAAUUGAUUCAAGUUUGACCGGAUAAUAAAACUUUUUUUUGUUAUGAUGCAUUGCUGCAGCCAAUACUGAAUUGAAGACACCAAGGAGGAUGCUUUGGAUGUUUUGCUCUGGUGGAAUGAGCAUGCAAAAAUUAGUCGACUGGGAUCAUAUGGGUUUCCAUCUGUACCAAAAGAUGUAUACAUGUCAGUGUAUAUGUUGAUGGUAAUCUGCUGCUGUGUAUUUGUUUAUUUGGGGUGUUGCUUAAUCUUUAAAGAUUUCAAGGAGUGGGACUUUUCACCUUACACUUUUUGGUUCAUGGGUUCAUUUUUGUGAUGAUUGCCAAACAAGGUUGUGAAUCAUAAAAUGUCUCAUUCCAACUUUAAAAAACUACUGAAUUUAUUCAUUAAACCAUUUUUGGAGUUCAGAGUCACACAGUGAGUCUUACUUUUGGUGCAUUAUUAUUGUAAAUAAAAACCUGA